AUACUAGCUGCGGUAUUUAGUCCAUCGCGAUGAUCGGAGCAAGUUACCUCAUUUGUCUCUUCCUUUUCGCAUCGAUUACCAAUGGCAAUCCUUCUUCAAGGAUCGUCAAUGGGUUCAAUGCAGUUCCGGGCCAGUUUCCCUACAUGGUUUCUUUACGUGCAGCCGGAACUUCUGCACAUUACUGUGGUGGAAAUUUCGUGACGACUCAACAUGUCAUAACAGCCGCACAUUGUGUGUCUAAGAGAAAACCGGAAGACAUCUUUGUCGUCUCCGGAAGUAUUUCGAAUUUCGAGGGAGGGGAAACACACGGGGUGAAGGAAAUAAGAAUGCAUGAAAAAUAUAUCGGAAAACCUGACAGCUGGAGGAACGAUAUAGCCAUUUUGAAAUUGAAGACACCUUUCAAGAUCAGUGCACUUAGGCAGAUCUUGGUGCUGCCAACGAGGAACAUCACGACGGAAAAUUGUAUUUUCAGUGGCUGGGGCCGAACAUACUUCCCAUCUACAAGUCUUCCCGCUCGGCUACAGUACUUCACCCUGAGUACUUUGAAAAACUCUGAUUGCGCUAAAAAAUGGAAUCCAAGUGCCAUUGCCGAAUGUCAUCUCUGCGCAGCUAUCGUACACAAUCAAGGAGUUUGCAAUGGGGAUUCUGGAAGUGCCUUGGUGUGCGAUGGCGAACACCAUGGAAUCGCUUCUUGGGUGAAUCCCUGUGCCAAUGGGGUUUAUCCUGACGUCUACACCAGGGUGUCUCUUUACCUCGAUUGGAUCCAUAAGAGAAUUCUCGAUAUAGAUCAUUGACCAAUUUGCUCAAAAAUCGUUAAAUGUAACGAGAUGCAUUAAUAAAUCCUGAACUUACAGCA